AACAAGACAGACUUCCUCCUUCCGUCGCCAUAAUGCGAUCAGAGCUGCCCUUCUUCCUGCUCGCCGGGAGACGGGGCCAAGGGAGUCGGCUCUCCGCAGUCUGAGCUUAUUUUCGUUACUUCGACAGAUUCCCUGAAAGGUGCUUUUUUUUAAAAGAAAAACUUUUUUUAUUUUUGGCUAAGUUGUGUUCCGGGCGUGUGAGGAGCGCCACAGCGGCAUUGCCCGAUUUCCCUCCCCUCCACCCCCACCCCGCUAACCUGGGCUUUGCCAGACGCAAGUCCCUCGGGGGGCUUCUUGCUUCGGAAGGUGGUUAAAAAGUCAGAGUCGCGAGUGGCCAGAGAUCGAGGCACUCCCCGCCCGGGCGACGAGGAGAAAGGUGGUACCAAAUGGCAGAAGCAGUUUUCCAUCCUCCAAGAAGGAAAAGAAGAGUGUAUGAAUCAUAUGAUUCCCCAUUCCCUAUCUUCUUCUCCGAGGACAGCAUUGAUAGAAACAAUUGCAAAAUAUGCCAGGCUGAAAUUAUAAAUAACAACGUAAUUGUGAAGAACCCUGAAGAUAUAGAACAGCUAUACAGCAAGGGUUUUUUUGGGAAAGGUGUUCUUUCAAGAAGUCGCCCAGAAUACAGUAUUUCAGACCCAGCGUUGGUUGCGAAGUGGCAGGAUAUCAGAUCAAACCUGCCUAUAAUCUCAUUUAAAAAGUACCAGUGUCAUGUCAAAUGGGCUAAAAGCCUGAUGCAGGAGGAAGGACUGGAUGACAGCACGAUUAACACAAUCCUUGUAAAUUAUAAUGAGCCACUUAACUUGAGAGAAGAAGCUGCACAAAAUAGUCAGGAUGAAAAAACAUCAGAAGUGGAAACUUCUGGAGAUGAGCCAAAGCCUAUUGUGACUUCUCUAGGAAUGAACGGGGAUACGGUAGCCCAUCUUUAUGACCCACCUUCCAGUUGCGGUGCUUUUGAAUCUAAUGUAAUAGGAUCUGAAACUGUAGAUGAAACUCAUUUGGAAAAACAGUGUCCACUUGAAACUCAUUGUGGCUUGAAGCAAGACAGUCUUACUGAACAAGAAUCUUACUUUUCAAUUGAUAAAGAAUAUUAUCAUGAAUAUGUAUUGGUUGAAGAAGAGGAAUCAAAUCUGGGCCCAGAAGCAGAUGGAGGAAGUGAGAAGUCACAUAUAAACCGAAAAGAAAAAUUAAUGUGCAGAAGAAACCCAUUUAAGAUUUUUGAAUAUUUACAACUCUGUUUAGAAGAGGCUUUUUUCUUGGUUUAUGCUCUGGGAUGCUUAAGUAUCUGUUACAAUGAGGCACCUUUAUCUAUCCUCAAACUCUGGGAGGUUUUCAGUGAAGCGCAACCCAACUUUAAGGCAACGUACAUGGCAUAUCACUACUUUCGCUCAAAAGGAUGGGUCCCUAAAGUUGGGCUGAAAUAUGGAACUGAUCUCUUGUUGUAUCGAAAAGGUCCUCCUUUUUACCAUGCCAGUUAUUCUGUGAUUGUUGAAUUAGUUGAUGAUAACUUUGAAGGCUCACUGCGCAGACCUCUCAGCUGGAAGUCUUUGUCUGGGCUGAACAGAACCACAGCAAAUGUUUCUAAGGAACUCAUGUUCUGUUACUUGAUCAAACCAUCUGAUAUGACUGAAAAAGAAAUGCUCUCACCAGAAUGUCUCAGAAGAAUUAAAGUUCAGGAACUGAUUCUAAGUCGUUGGGUCGCAUCCUCUGAGCGCAGUGACCAAGAAGAGCUGUGAGAAAAUGGAUCAGAUAAUUGCAAGAUACUGAAAUACCUGCAAUAAGCUAAUUUUUAUUGCAUUGUUCUUUUUGUUUCAAACGUAGCAGUGUUUGGUGCCUGUUAUCAAGUCUGUUAAAUAAAACGAAACAAGUGCUCUUUUGUAAUUAAAACUGGAUGGAUUCUGA